AAACCACACACCUCACCUUGUAACAAAACAUUCUAUCUCUCAAAAGAACAAUUAAACUAACAACUGUCCACAAACAAAAAACUAGAAGCCUUUUUCUCCUUCUCCCUCCACUCACUUUUUUCUCCUAUAAAUUUCAAACUAUCAAACAUAAGUGAAGCCAACAAAACACACAAACAUUGUUGAACUAUUCAAGAGUUUAACAAUGAGAAAAGAAUUUAACUUGCUUGGGUUGAUGUUAUUACUAUGUUUUUGGGUUUGUGCUGUUACAGCCUCAGUGACUUAUGAUCACAAAACCAUUGUGAUUGAUGGGCAGAGAAGAAUUUUGAUCUCUGGUUCCAUUCACUAUCCAAGAAGCACACCCGAGAUGUGGCCAGCCUUAUUUCAAAAGGCCAAAGAAGGAGGGCUUGAUGUUAUUCAAACCUAUGUAUUUUGGAAUGGACACGAGCCUUCUCCUGGAAAAUAUUACUUCGAAGAUAGGUUUGACUUGGUAAAGUUUAUCAAACUAGCACAACAAGCUGGCCUUUAUGUUCACUUGCGUAUUGGUCCCUACGUUUGUGCUGAAUGGAACUUUGGGGGAUUCCCUGUUUGGCUCAAGUAUGUUCCAGGUAUUUCUUUCAGAACAGACAACGAACCAUUCAAGGCGGCAAUGCAAAAAUUCACUACUAAGAUUGUGAGCAUGAUGAAAGCAGAGAAUUUGUUUCAAAAUCAGGGUGGUCCAAUAAUAAUGUCUCAGAUUGAGAAUGAGUAUGGACCAGUGGAAUGGAAUAUUGGUGCACCUGGAAAGGCCUACACAAAUUGGGCUGCUCAAAUGGCUGUAGGUCUAGAUACUGGUGUACCCUGGGAUAUGUGCAAGCAAGAAGAUGCCCCUGAUCCUGUUAUUGACACUUGCAAUGGAUAUUAUUGUGAAAACUUUACUCCCAACAAGAACUACAAACCCAAAAUGUGGACUGAGAAUUGGUCCGGAUGGUACACUGAUUUUGGUAAUGCUAUAUGUUAUAGACCAGUAGAAGACUUGGCAUAUUCAGUUGCUAGAUUCAUACAAAAUCGUGGCUCCUUUGUUAACUACUAUAUGUACCAUGGAGGAACAAAUUUUGGCCGGACAUCUAGUGGCCUUUUCAUUGCCACAAGCUAUGACUAUGAUGCUCCUAUUGAUGAAUAUGGACUUACAAAUGAACCCAAAUGGAGCCAUUUGAGAGACCUACAUAAAGCAAUAAAGCAAUGUGAGCCCGCUUUGGUGUCUGUGGAUCCUACAAUUACAUCACUUGGAAAUAAACUUGAGGCACAUGUUUACAGCACAGGAACUAGUGUAUGUGCUGCAUUUCUUGCAAAUUAUGACACAAAAUCUGCAGCAACGGUUACAUUUGGUAAUGGAAAAUACGACCUACCACCUUGGUCCGUCAGCAUUCUUCCUGAUUGCAAAACUGAUGUUUUCAACACUGCAAAGGUUGGUGCACAGAGCUCCCAGAAAACAAUGAUUUCCACAAACAGUACAUUUGAUUGGCAAUCAUAUAUUGAAGAACCUGCCUUCUCUAGUGAAGAUGAUUCUAUCACAGCAGAAGCACUUUGGGAGCAGAUUAAUGUUACUAGAGAUUCUUCAGAUUAUUUGUGGUACUUGACAGAUGUCAACAUUAGUCCUAAUGAAGAUUUUAUAAAGAAUGGUCAGUAUCCUAUUCUGAAUGUAAUGUCAGCAGGACAUGUUCUACAUGUGUUUGUUAAUGGUCAACUUUCAGGAACUGUAUAUGGGGUAUUGGAUAAUCCUAAGUUAACAUUUAGUAACAGUGUGAACCUAACAGUUGGAAAUAACAAGAUUUCUUUACUUAGUGUUGCUGUUGGUCUCCCGAAUGUGGGCUUGCACUUUGAAACAUGGAAUGUUGGGGUGUUAGGCCCAGUAACAUUGAAGGGUCUAAAUGAAGGGACUCGAGACUUGUCUUGGCAGAAAUGGUCUUACAAGGUUGGAUUGAAAGGUGAAUCAUUGAGCCUUCAUACCAUAACUGGUGGUUCCUCUGUUGACUGGACACAAGGAUCAUUAUUGGCUAAAAAACAACCUUUGACAUGGUAUAAGGCAACCUUUAAUGCACCGGCUGGAAAUGAUCCAUUGGGUCUGGAUAUGAGUAGCAUGGGAAAAGGUGAAAUAUGGGUAAAUGAUCAAAGCAUUGGUCGUCAUUGGCCUGGAUAUAUAGCACAUGGUAGUUGUGGUGAUUGUGAUUAUGCUGGAACAUUUACUAAUACAAAAUGUAGGACAAAUUGUGGAAAUCCCACACAAACAUGGUAUCAUAUUCCUCGCUCAUGGUUGAAUCCAACUGGGAACGUCUUGGUUGUGUUGGAAGAAUGGGGAGGUGACCCUUCUGGAAUUUCUUUGCUCAAAAGAAUAUGAUCUCUGCUCAUUUCAUUAUUAUGCUCAAAAGAAUUGCAUUGACAACCAAUAAGUAUCUAGCCACCUAUGUCUAAGUAACUUAAAGAAGCUCACAGUUAAGUCCCUAUGCAAUUGGGAUCUUGCCAUGAAGUGAAAAGUGUUUCAAAUUCAACAUUGAUGCUCCAAUAAUUUUUGUAGUUCAAGUUUCAACCACAAGAUUGGAUGCAAAGAUGUUAUAUAGAGUAUGCUCAUACGAUACAUAUCUAAGAUUAUAUAUUAUGGUGAAUAUUGUUUCUUGUAAUACUUUAUAGCUAAGAGGAUUGAGCCCUUAAACAUUACCAUAUAAUGUAAUAUUUGGGCAUACAUUAUAGUUCUGUUUAUUCAUAAAUAAAUUUGUUUGUUUUUACAUUGUAAUCAUGUAAAGAACAAAUUGAAAGGGAUAAAAGUUUUUUUUUAUAAA